CCGAAUCGAUAUCUCUGCAACUUUUUUGGAAGGUUGGAAAAGAGGGUGGAAAUUUUGGAAAUGGCGUUGAUGCUGUUUUGAUUGAUUAUCAAUAGCCUUACACUUGACUUUCCUGUUGCCAUUCUCUUCUCAUAAAGCUCGCUGGAGUUUCCGGAGAUUUCACGCAAGAGAAAGGUGAAAUCAUACCUCCGAUUUUUAACAUCUCUCAUCAAUUGAAAUUCAGAUUUUGGAAGGUGACUUAUUCUAUAUUGAUUUUGUUAUUUCCCCUUCUUAUCCGAACCCUAAAGAAAAUGGAUCAUAUGGACAUCGAUGAGAUACUUGAGGUUCCCGACACUCCUGAUAGAUUAGCUAAAAAUGGAGCCAAUGGGAAAAAUGGUGCUAAAACUGAAAAUCAGCGGUCAUCAAUGCCCCAUUGUGAGCUGAUGUUUCCUGAAGAGGGUUCUAGAGAUCAGCCAAUGAUCAUUGACAGUGGAAGCCGAGGGUUGUCCUUCCGUCCUCCAAAACGUCCUAGCAUUCCCAAAAAUUCUCAGUUCCCCAAUACGUCUAUGUCCAUUUCCUUGGAAAGUUCAACAUCAUCUAGAAACAGUAACCUAUACAGAAAAGGUGUGGCUGAGAAGAAACCCGGUUACCCGACCCAUGAUUCCAUGCAUAAACGUAUGGAAUCCGUGAGACCAUCACAUCCUUCAAAAUCUUCCUCAUCUUUUCAUGAUGAUGACAUCUUAGAGCUAUCAGAGUGGAGUUUGCAUCGACCUGCUCGUAAGAAUGCUUCCCCAAGUGCUACACCUGGAAACAAUCAAACUGACUUCCAAAAGAGAUCAGAUUUACCUAAUGGAACUUCUUCAAAUGACCUAUCAAAUUUGACGAACAUAUGCUGCAAUGGCAGUGAGGAGAAAAAGAAACCUAGCAGAGGUGGUCUGGGUAUUAAUUUGGGUGAAAGAGUAGGGUCUGUUGGUAUUAAUAAGAAAAAAACUGAGAAUGGUGGUAUAUCUUCUGAUCCUAUUGCGCUGCCUAGAGUAAGUAAGCAAAAGAGGUUGGUAAGAAAUGGGUGUAUAUCUCCUAAUAACAUAGCUAAGGCUAAACAGUUGGUUGGCAAUGGUGUUAACAGCUCUGUAGCUGUUGGACAUAAUACUGGCCCUGUAGCUAUUGAUCAUAAUAUUGGCUCUAGGUCAUCUAAUCCAGUACCCGUUUCAAUUGAUAUAAGGGAUUUGGUUGCUGAAGAUGAUUAUUCUAACUCACGAAAGGGAAAAGGGGUGAUAAGUCACCCUUGUUCGUCCAGGAGACUUGAUUUGGAAACCAAGGAUUUGCUUGGCAGGAACUCCAUGAAUCCCAGUGAGAAGGCUGUAGAAUCAGUUGAUUACAAUGGCGACGCAGGUAAAAGCAUUGAAGAAUCAGCUGGAUGGAGGAGUACGCGUAAUCGGCUUAGAGGAAUGAAUGAUAUAUCAUCCAAUGAUAAGGAAAAAAAUUUGAAUAAGGAGCGGGUGACUCCAAGAUUGUCGAUUCAGCAACAUGAGACUAGAUCAGAUAGAAGAGGAAAAGGCAUAAAUCUUGCUAAUUGUGACAAUGACUCAAGUUUCAUCUCGUCCGAGCAUUUUCAUGCUCAAUCUGUAAAGGAAUCAGUAUCCCAUCCUAGAGCUCGACUGGGACAACUAAAUAGGCCUCGUUCUGCUGCAGGCAUGCUUAUUAAAAGGCAGAAGCAGGGAUCUGGCUUCAGCGGUUCUGGUGAAUGUUCCACAUCAGUCUCCGACAAUCUAGAUUUUGUUUCGCUUAGUUCACCUGCAGAAGCAGCCAAUUUGAGAUCUUCUAGUAAUGCAAACAUGCCUCCAGUUAUUGAGGUUGAUGAAUCUUCUCCUCAACCGCCGCAUGAUACCAGAGAUGACAAUGCUAGGGCAAGACAGCUAGAAGCAGAUGAACUUAUGGCUCGUCAACUUCAAGAACAACUUUAUAAUGAGAUGCCAGCGUUUGGAUUUCAAGAGACUGAUGAGCAUGUAGCACUGGCCUUGCAGCAACAGGAAGGUCCGAGCCAUGGUCAUUCUCGAGGAAGGGCGCCAGUGUUCGAUGUAAGAUCAAUGUACAACGUGCAUAGACCAUCUGCUUCUCGGUCUUCUUCAAAUGCUCCUCGAAGAGGAUAUGUGGCUCGAUCUCCACCAUCAGGAAGAAUUACAAGGCAAAGAGGUCGUUUUCCCGGGCAACCCCGGACCUUAUCAUCUUCGCGGCGGGGAAACUCCAUAUUUCCUCCAGACAUGGAUAUUGACAUGAGAAUGGAAAUACUCGGAGCGCUAGAAGAGUUCAGUGACAUGAGAAUGAAUGCCAGCAGCAUCCUUCACUCCAACCGUGAUUUCAAUGAGAACGAUUAUGAAAUGUUGCUGGCUCUUGAUGACAAUAACAGUCAAGGUGGUGCAUCUGGUCAUCAGAUUAAUGGCCUUCCACAAUCAACUGUUCAGACUGAUCACGAAGAAGCCUGUGCAGUCUGCCUCGAGACUCCAACUACCGGAGAGAAAAUCCGCCACCUCCCUUGUUUGCACAAAUUUCACAAAGAUUGUAUUGAUCCGUGGCUGAGGAGGAGAUCAUCUUGUCCAGUUUGCAAGUCAUCCAUAACAUGAUGUGCUCGUCUUUGUCUUUUUGCAAGUGGAACCUGGCUCUUUUGUGUGAGUCGAUAUCCAUGUUUUAAAGUAUGUAGCAUUUCUGGGCUGAAAAUGCUGGAGGUUUUGAAGAACCACAUAUGAUUGACGUUGACUUGUUUUUUGGGUGCUGAAUUUGCAUCAACAUAAAGAACAUGGUUACACACUAUUGAUUAUUCAUGAUAAAUCUUAAUGAAAGUGCUAGUUUCUUUGAA